AUAACACAAACUUCUAGCACUUUACGCUAAACUUCCCUGCCGAGACACAGAGGGUAGCAAAAUAUUAGCAUGUGAUGCUAAUCUUCCCUGCCUAAACAGAGGAUUAUUUUCAUCUCUAAAAUAUAAUUUCUAGAGGGUAACUUAGUUAACCAAACCCUACAGCUGUCUGUUAACUCUUCUCUGACGGCGCAGAGGAUAACACAUUUGUUCUGGUCUUAAAGGUUCUUUUGGAUAGAGGUACACUCACCAACCAUUGGUUGUACAGAAAGAUUCAGUCUGGAAUGAAGUCAGAUCUUUGUUGAGAUUGCAGUUUCAAUCUGGAUUCAGGUGAGGAGCUCUAUCCGGGUCACGGCGCCAAAAACUGUUGGGAACUCAGAAACGAAGACCAGGAGACUCUUGGGUAAUCUUCAGCAGGAUUCUUUAUUGAGAACGCUCUGCGUGGCGCUGCAGUCAUCAAAAAGUCUCCUGGUCUUCGUUUCUGAGUUCCCAACAGUUUUUGGCGCCGUGACCCAGAUAGAGCUUCUCACCUGAAUCCAGAUUGAAACUGCAAUCUCAACAAAGAUCUGACUUCAUUCCAGACUGAAUCUUUCUGUACAACCAAUGGUUGAGUUCAUUGAAGAAAAAGAGGAAAAUGAAGAAUCAAGUGAAGCUGAGGAGAAAAAUCAUGUCGAAACUGGUGGAAAACCUUUGAUUUGCUCUCAAAGUAAACUGAAAGAUUUAAAGAAAAAAAUAGUUAAGAAAUCUUUCACCUGCACUCAGUGUGGAAAGAGUUUCACAUGUAAAUCAAAUCUUAAUCGUCACCUGAGAGUUCAUACUGGAGAGAAACCAUUCACUUGUGAUCAGUGUGGGAAGAGUUACACACAAUCAUCAAACCUUAAGAAUCACAUGAACAUCCACACUAGAGAGAAGCAGCACGCAUGUGAUCAAUGCGGUAAAAAAUUGUUACGGGCUUCACUUCUGAAGAAACACUUGAAAGUUCAUGCAAAGAAGAAGCCACAUUCAUGUCAUUUGUGUGGUAAGAGUUGUUUGCAUCUACAAAGUUAUAAAGAACAUCAGAAAAUACAUAAUGGUGUGAGAGAGCACGUGUGCGUUGAGUGUGAAAAAGCUUUUAGUUCAGUGAGCAGAUUAAAACUGCAUGAGAGGAUCCACACUGGAGAGAAACCUUACAAGUGUUCACACUGUGACAAGAGAUUCAGUCAAUCAUCAAAUCUGAAAAAACAUGAGAGGAUCCACACUGGAGAGAAACCUUACAUGUGUUCACACUGUGACAAGAGAUUCAGUCAGUCAGUAGAUCUGAAAAAACAUGAGAUGAUCCACACUGGAGAGAAACCUUACAUGUGUUCACACUGUGACAAGAGAUUCAGUCGGUUAACACAUCUGAAAACACAUGAGAGGUUCCACACUGGAGAGAAACCUUAUGAGUGUUCACACUGUGACAAGAGAUUCAGUCAAUCAUCAAAUCUGAAAACACAUGAGAUGAUCCACACUGGAGAGAAACCUUAUGAGUGUUCACACUGUGACAAGAGAUUCAGUCAAACAGGAGAUCUGAAAACACAUGAGAGGAUCCACACUGGAGAGAAACCUUACAUGUGUUCACACUGUGACAAGAGAUUCAGUCAAACAGGAGAUCUGAAAACACAUGAGAGGAUCCACACUGGAGAGAAACCUUACAAGUGUUCACACUGUGACAAGAGAUUCAGUCGUUCAUCAAAUCUGAAAACACAUGUGAGGUUCCACACUGGAGAGAAACCUUACAUGUGUUCACACUGUGACAAGAGAUUCAGUCGGUUAACACAUCUGAAAACACAUGAGAGGUUCCACACUGGAGAGAAACCUUACAUGUGUUCACACUGUGACAAGAGAUUCAGUCGGUUAACACAUCUGAAAACACAUGAGAUGAUUCACACUGGAGAGAAACCUUACAUGUGUUCACACUGUGACAAGAGAUUCAGUCGGUUAACACAUCUGAAAACACAUGAGAGGAUUCACACUGGAGAGAAACCUUACAUGUGUUCACACUGUGACAAGAGAUUCAUUCAGUCAGUAGAUUUGAAAAGACAUGAGAGGAUUCACAAUGGAGAGAAACCUUACAAGUGUUCACACUGUGUCAAGAGAUUCAUUCAGUCAGUAGAUCUGAAAACACACGAGAGGAUCCACACUGGAGAGAAACCUUACAAGUGUUCACACUGUGACAAGAGAUACAGUGGUUCAUCGAGUCUGAAAAGACAUGAGAGGAUGCACACUGGAGAGAAAGCACAUAAAAAGCACAAAAACUAAUCCCAGUAAGGCCCCUUACACGCAGAGACACAUUUAGCUGUAUAUGUAAAUAUUUUGUAUGGUAUAUGUGUUUCGUCCAGACUGAUCCAGCAUUCGGGGGAGUGAAAAUGCAAUUU